ACUUGAUUUGCCCAAGUCAAUUGCACCAGCUGUUUUUUCUCUAGCACGUGUUAAAGUUUAUUUGUUUGGCCAGGAAUUUCAUAAAAUCACUGUUUUAUUGUUUUUUCUUCCAAUUGCCCCGAAUUAAGUUAGAGAAUUGUGAAAAAUGGAGUACGUGGAUUUCACUGCUGCUGGUAAUGCAGGCGCAUCUGCAUCUACAUCAAAUUCCCAAACAACAAUGGUAUUAUGUUGCGAAUGCGGUGUAGUCAUACAACCAAAUCCUUCCAAUAUGUGUGUCACCUGUCUUCGAAAUCACGUAGACAUCACCGAGGGAAUUCCAAAGCAAGCAGUCUUGCAUUUUUGCCGUAAUUGUGAACGGUAUUUGCAGCCACCGGGGGAAUGGAUACAAGCUGCCCUGGAAUCCAGGGAACUACUGGCGUUGUGUCUAAAGAAAUUAAAAGGCCUUAAAGAUGUCAAGCUGGUGGACGCUGGCUUUGUAUGGACCGAGGCCCAUUCUAAACGUAUAAAAUUGAAGUUGACAGUCCAUGGCGAAGUUUCGGGUGGCACAGUUUUGCAGCAGGUUUUUAUUGUGGAAUUCACCGUACAAAAUCAGAUGUGUGAUGAUUGCCAUCGUACAGAGGCAAAAGAUUUUUGGCGUUGCAUGGUGCAGGUACGCCAAAGGGCGGAGAAUAAGAAAACUUUUUACUACUUGGAACAGUUAAUUUUAAAGCACAAGGCACACGAAAACACCUUGGGAAUCAAACCGAUGCAUGGUGGUCUGGACUUUUAUUAUGCAAGUGAGAAUCACGCUAGAAAAAUGGUUGAUUUCCUGCAAACAAUGGUACCAGUCAAAGUAACUUCUUCAAAGCGCCUCAUUUCACAUGACAUCCACAGCAACAACUUUAACUACAAAUACACCUGGUCUGUGGAAAUUGCACCCUUAUCCAAGGACAGUGCAGUGUGUCUGCCCAAAAAAUUACGCCAGCAACUGGGUAAUCUAUCUCCCAUAAGUCUUGUGCAUAAAGUUACCAGUGGAAUACAUCUGAUUGACCCGUUAACGGCUCAAAUAGCCGAAUUGUCGGGCCAAGUAUUUUACCGCGCCCCAUUUGAAGCCAUAUGUAAUCCAAAACAACUUGUUGAAUAUGUGGUAAUGGACGUGGAAAUCAUCAUGGACAAAGAUCGCAAAUACUACCCAGGUCAGGGCCAAUUGUCCUUCCGACAUGUGCUGUGUGAUAUAUGGGUUGUUCGAGCCUGCGAGCUUGGCAUCAAUGACAAUCCUAUACAUACACGCAGUCACUUAGGUCACAUUCUAAAGGUGGGCGAUUCUGCUUUGGGCUAUAACUUGGGCGAAGCAAAUAUAAAUAAUCCAGAGUACGAUAAGCUGAAUGCGGAGCAAAUUCCCGAUGUAGUAUUGGUUAGAAAAUGCUAUACAGACCGUAAUACUCGCAGCAAUCAACGUUUAUGGAAACUACGCCAUUUGGCAGAUGAAGCCACCGAUGAACGCAGCAAACAUGAUUAUCAUGAGUUCUUAGAAGACUUGGAAGAAGAUCCAGAUUAUCGUAAACAGGUUUACAUAUAUCGUGAUACUAAAAAACAAUUACCAGUUGAUGGCGGUGAUACGUUGGGCUUCAAUGAUAAUGUUCCACGUGUAACAUUGGCCGAAAUGUUGGAAGACUUAACAUUGGAGUGUGCUGAUGAUGAAAUGGGUGAUAUUGAGGAAAAUGCUGACGAGCCACAAUUGUAGGCGGGAAAUGAAAAAAUGUAUACAUUUUAUAAUGUAAACAAAAUUAUAUAAUUAAAUAUUAUUAAAUAUAAUAUGAAUAUCCCCUUUUGUAA